AUGCACGCGUCCUUCUUUAAAUUAGGUUAUAGAUGCCAUAAUUCGAUUACAUUUUGUCGGACUAUUCAUAAGCCUUUUGAGCUACUGUAUGGAAUUCACCCUGUUUUGUGUGCCCUUACGUUCCGUCAGCGUGAGUUGAAGCAGUUAUACAUUAAGGAUGUCCUAACUGAAUCCAGAGAUUCUGACAAUCUGGUAGAACUGUCACUGAAUCAGAUAACCAAAACGGCACAUAUAUUUGACAUACCUGUUACACGGGUACCAGUUGAGAAAUUGAAAGAAUUAGCCAAUUCAAGAGCACAUCAAGGUGUACUACUUGAGGUCUCUCCCAUCGACGUGCAGCCCAUUUCAAAACAGUCGAUCCAAACAUUGCUACAAUCUUGGAAAACCCCAUCUGAAAGAUAUUUUCCACACGUGAAAAAAAAUAACAGACCUAUUGUUUUACUGUUGGACCAUGUGUCGGAUGUCAUGAAUUUUGGAAGUAUUUUGCGUUCAGCUGCUUUUUUCGGUGUAUCUGCUGUGAUAUUAUCCACUGCUCCCUGUGUUGGCCCAUCACCACUUAUCAGCAAGCUAAGUGUUGGUGCAAUGGAAGGUAUCCCCUUCUACAGACUGACCGAUACCGUAAUGGACAUGAAUUAUUUAUCGAAAGCUGGAUUCUUGAUAGUUGGUACCUGUGGAGAAAAUCAGAGUUCACGAAGUGGAAUUUGUAAACCCGUCAAUAACUUGCAACCGAAUGAGGUAGGAGUAAAUGAUGAUAACAAUACUGGAAUCUUUCCUAGACCAGUGGUAUUGGCUCUAGGUAGUGAAUCAAGAGGUCUUAGUAACAGUGUUCUAAAUGCAUGUGAUUUGUUACUUCGUAUCCCAGGAUUUGGUGAUUCUUCUAACUUAAAUCAAUAUAUAUCACAGGGUAUCCCAUCAUCUCUUAAUGUAUCAGUUGCUGCUGGAAUCUUAUUAUAUCAGUUGACGAUGUAUCGACAUGGAUAUGAAGCUGUUAAUAUUUCAUCUUUUAUCCUUCACAUCAAAUAG